AUGGGUGUUGUUGACAAAAUUCGUGCUAUCGAAGAAGAGAUGGCACGUACGCAAAAGAAUAAAGCUACAGAGUACCAUCUGGGUCUAUUGAAAGGUAAACUGGCACGUUAUAGACAACAAUUGCUAGCUGAUGAAGCAGGUUCUAGUAGCGGUGGCGGUACUGGAUUUGAAGUGGCCAAGUCUGGGGAUGCAAGAGCCGUUCUGAUCGGUUAUCCAUCUGUUGGUAAGUCAUCUUUACUGGGUAAGAUCACAACGACAAAAUCAGAAAUCGCACACUAUGCGUUCACUACACUUACUUCUGUGCCUGGUGUGUUGAAAUACCAGGGGGCAGAGAUUCAAAUCGUGGAUUUGCCAGGUAUUAUCUAUGGCGCUUCACAAGGUAAAGGUCGUGGUAGACAAGUUGUUUCAACAGCCAGAACUGCUGAUCUAAUCAUUAUGAUUUUGGACGCAACGAAGAGUGAACACCAGAGAGAAUCGUUGGAAAAAGAACUGGAAGCAGUUGGGAUCAGAUUGAACAAGGAAAAGCCUAAUAUCUAUUACAAGAAGAAAGAAACCGGUGGUAUUAAGAUCACAUUCACUUCCCCAGCGAGGAGCAAUCUAACCGAGGAUGCCAUCAAGUUGCUCUUGAAAGAUUACAAGGUUCACAACGCCGAAGUGCUCGUGCGGGAUGAACGAUGUACCAUGGAUGAUUUCAUAGACGUGUUGAACGAACAACACUGCAACUAUAUCAAAUGUCUCUACGUUUACAAUAAGAUCGACGCUGUGUCGCUGGAGGAAGUUGACCGAUUGGCCCGGGAACCAAACACUGUGGUGAUGUCAUGUGAGAUGGAUCUUGGUCUCGAUGAUGUGGUGGAAGAGAUUUGGUAUCAACUGAACCUAAAUCGUGUCUUUACGAAAAAGCGUGGUAUCAAACCUGAUUUCAGUGAUCCUUUGGUUGUGAGAAGUAACUCUACGAUUGGUGAUCUGUGUCAUAGUAUCCAUCGUGAUUUCAAGGACAAAUUCAAGUACGCAUUAGUGUGGGGUUCAUCUGCCAAACAUUCUCCGCAGAAGUGCGGAUUAAACCAUAAGAUAGACGAUGAAGAUGUAGUUUCACUAUUUACAAAGUAA